AUGUCGACCCAUAAAUUUAUCGAACCAGUUUGUAACGAUUAUAAACAUUUGUUCCGUCCGGAUUUACUUAGGGGUAAAGUGGCUUUUAUCACCGGAGGUGGAAGUGGGAUAUGUUUUACCAUAGCAGAGAUUUUUAUGAGGUACGUCUGGGAUGAAUGUCAGCCAUUUUUAAAAUCUCUUCUUUUGUUAUUUCGCUUGGUCUUUUCCAAAUCGUUAUCUUUUUUUUUUUUUCUUUCUUUCUUUCUUUCUUUCUUUUCUUCUUUCUUUCUUUUAUCUUCAUAUUUUAUCAUCUUUCAGCAUUUUACUCUCUUUUCUUUCUUUCUGUAUUUUUCAUCCAGUUUUUAUUUAAAAUUUUCCAAAUCUAAUUCUUUCUUGAUUCAUUCUUCCUCCAUGUUUUCAAUAACAUUUUCCUUCCUUUUUAUAUUUUUUUCGUUUUAUUUCUAUCCUUUUUAUUUAUUUAUUUAUUUUGCACGUUUUUCUUUCUUUUUUAUUCCUUCCUUCCCUCCAUUUUCAUGCCAUUUUCAUCUUUCUUUCUUUCUUUCUUUCUUUCUUUCAAAAUCUUCUUCUUAUUUUCACUCAUUUAUUCUUUUCUUUUUCACGUCUUAUUUCUUUUUUUAUUUAUUUAUUCAUUCCUCCUCUAAUUUUACGUACCAUUUUCCUUCCACUUUUCUUUUUUCUUCCUUUCUUUCUUUUCUUUUUUUUCCUUUCUUUUUUCUUUUUUUCUUCCUUUCUUUCUUUCUUUUCACGUCGUCUUUUAUUUCUUUCAUUCGUUCUUUCUUUUUUACUUCUUUCUUUCUUUCUUUUUUACAUCCUCUGUCUUUCAUUCAUUCUUUCUUUUCUUUUUUCUUUCUUUUUUCAAAUCUUAAUUUCUUUCUUUCCUCCUCCAUUUUUAUAUAG